AUGGGCCGCGGCGAAGUAAAGCCCACCGAGACGGUGGUGCUGUUCGGGCUAGGCGGCUUGGGUUUUAAUGCCUUGCAAAUCGUUCUACAUAUUGGGGCUCGAGUCAUCGUAUCCGACAUUCGACAAGAGCUUCUCGACGAGGCCAUCAAGAUCGGUGUGCCCAGUACAGAUGCUAUCCCAGCCGGCAAGUCUGUUCAGGAGUUUCUAGAAGCGAGAGGCUUGUUCGGAAAGAUUGACACGACGCUGGACUUUGUUGGAAAGCACCAGACCUUCACUGAUGCGCAGCAAGUUUUACGACGAGGGGGCAAGAUGGUCUGUAUUGGAACUCUGGACAUAGAGAACAAGAUCGAUAUGAAAAUUGGAGUCCGAAAGCGUCUGACUAUCAACUUCACCUACGGUGGUCAACUGCGUGACCUCAAAGAAGUACUGGACCUUAUUUCCAGAGGAGUUGUGCAGCCACGGGUCGAGACAGCUGGACUCGAAGACUUUCCAGUUAUUUUGAAGAGCUUGUGCGAUGGCAAAGUCAAGGCCCGCGUUGCUCUCGUGCCUCAAGAUGCUUGA